AUGUCUAGCAUGCUUCGUAAAAAGGAGGUGUUUACCAUCAUCACGCCCAUUCCGGGCUUCAUCCCACGGCAGCUGGCCAUCGACAUCCUCCACAGCCAUUCCGAGGUCAUAACCCUCAACCCGCUGGUCCUGGAGCACAAGCCCAUCAAAGCUCCGCGCGAUGCCGCCUCCGACGAGUUCUACUCGACCUGGUACGAGAUCACCGAGCGCAUCCAGUACAUUCCCGGCCUCGGCAAGAUGGGCUCCGGCAAGAUCUCGUUCAAUGGCUGCUUCCACGACAUGCCCUGGGGCCUUCAGACACACAUCUAUGCCCCGAUGAAUAUCGACCUGCGCAACAAGUACCGCAUCGCCGGCAACCAGCCCGGCGUCGAGGCUCCCGAGCAGCUAGAGAUGGGCCUCGGAGCGCUGGGAGCGCCGACCGAUGGCCUUUACCUGCGCGAGGACAUCGAGAUCAAGUGCAACGUCACCAUGGUCAGCUUCGUAAAGAGCCAGCUGAAGACCGCCAGCAAGGAGAUGGUGUCGCGCAUCAUCAAGAAAGCCGAGCUGCUCGACGCCGGCGUGCUGCAUGCCAUGAUCGAGGACGGCAAGCUCAAGACGAUCAAUCCCGCCGACCGCAGCAGUACGAGCACCAACAUGGCCUCGCCGCAAUUGACGCCCAACACCCAAGUUUACCAGAACCAGCCUUUGUCGCCGCGCAUGCCGUACCAGGUCCCGCGACCAGUAUCACAUCAAUACUUCAAUCCAUCCGGAACACCUCAGAACCCGCAUUACUCGGCGCCGUACGGUCAGCCUCCUCCACAGCAUCAACAGCAGCAGCAGCAACCGCAGCAUGCUGAGCUGCCCACCUCUCCACAUGGAGGGGUCGCCCCGCAGGGGAUGAACAUGCCCGUUGAGAUGCCCGGCGACUUCGUCUAUGCGCAGCCCUCCCCGCGCCUGCAGCCUCCCCAGCCCUCGCCGACAUUCAACCAGCACCUGUCCGACCGCGAUUCCGCCAUCUCCACACAGUCGCGCAAUUCGCCGGGGCCGAACGACUGGCGGUGGUCGCAGAGCCAGCAGGGCACACCCUCGCUCGGCGCCAACUCACGCCCAACAUCCAUCUCGUCGGACACGACCGGCGGUGGCUUCCACUCGCCGGGCCUGGAACACCAGGGCUUCGCAAGCGAGCUGCCGACGCACAGGGAGACGAAGGAGGAGCACCAGAAUGAGACGCUGAAGAAGCUGGACGGAAGCGCAAGGCAGCAUCUGCCCUCGCAGCAGAAGAGCUAUGCGUACAACCCCGCGGACUAUGCGAAGGUGGGCGGACAGAACACGUAUCCGCACAAUGCGCAGAGAUACCAGUACACGCAGUGA